UGAUUAUUCACUCGGGCCUCCGGCCAAACCAGACAUGCAUCUGAAACACGGGCAGAAAAUGAUGCACUUCAACAACACAUUAUCACAACACAAACUGUUUAUUUAACACUCUUCCCAAGCAGACAGGUGAAAAACCUGAAGAUCCAGUUUGUCAGUGUUACAUUUACAGUCUGACCGGCAUAAGAGCUCAGUGCUGGUGGACACAUCAAAGCUUUACAUUCGCACUUUCAGGAAAGAAAGUACAGUGACGCAACAGAAAAAUGGCACAUUAUAAUCAACCAUUAGCAUCUUCAUCAGGAGAAGUCAAUCUGGGAGCGUCUGUCAACCCUCAUGCCAAACCCACUGACUUUGACUUCAUGGCUGUUAUUGGUAAAGGAACAUUUGGGAAGGUGCUCUUAGCGAAACUCAAAGCCGAUGGAAAAUUCUAUGCAGUAAAGGUUUUGCAAAAAAAAGUUAUAUUGAAGAAAAAGGAGCAAAAGAACAUAAUGGCGGAGAGGAAUGUGCUGCUCAAGAGCCUGAAACACCCUUUUCUAGUCGGGUUGCACUACUCAUUUCAGACCCCUGAAAAACUCUAUUUUGUGCUGGAUUAUGUCAAUGGUGGAGAGCUGUUUUAUCACUUGCAAAGAGAGCGCUGUUUCUCAGAGCCAAGGGCUCGCUUCUACACAGCUGAGGUGGCCAGUGCUAUCGGUUACCUUCACUCUCUCAAUAUAGUUUACAGAGACCUCAAACCAGAAAACAUUCUAUUAGACUCCCAGGGUCACGUGGUGCUAACCGAUUUUGGUUUGUGUAAAGAAGGUGUUGAACCAGAAGGAACCACCACAACUUUCUGCGGCACUCCAGAGUAUCUAGCACCUGAGGUUUUACGUAAAGAGCCCUAUGACCGCACGGUGGACUGGUGGUGUCUUGGAGCUGUGCUCUAUGAGAUGCUGUUCAGCUUACCUCCGUUCUACAGCAGAGAUGUAUCGGAGAUGUACGAUGGUAUCUUGCAUAAACCUCUUCACCUGCCACCUGGUAAAUCUGAGGCCGUAUGCCACUUGCUCUACGGACUCCUGCACAAAGACCAGCAUCGGCGAAUAGGAGCUAUCGCUGAUUUUCUGGAGAUUAAAAAUCAUGUGUUCUUUGUACCCAUAAACUGGGACGACCUCUACAACAAGCGAAUCACUCCUCCAUAUAACCCCAAUGUGAGAGGCCCUGCAGACCUUCAGCACAUUGACCCAGAGUUUACCCGAGAGAUGGUACCCAACUCUGUGGGCCGUACGCCGGAACCCACCCCCAGCCUGGCCACCAGCAGCUCCAAUGCCUUCACCGGCUUCUCCUAUAUCUCUGGAGAAGAUGGCUUUCUCUGAGGCAUGUUAUCUCACAUCAGGAUGACCUUCAAGCAUCGAUCAUAUACCCUUUCUGGACAUUGGAAAAACAUUCAAAUGUUUUUGAGUUUAUUAUCCUUUUUGACCAUGCCUUCAUGUUAAUCAGGGUAAAGAAAAACAUUAUGUAUACAAGUUGGAAUUGUUACAGUAGGAUGAUGACUUGUUGAUUUUGUGUUCAUUGUGCAUGAAUGAUAAAUCAGAAUUUCAUCAGUAUGCACAAUUUUCAUUUUUCAAGGACACUGCAGCAAGUUACAAAAUCUGUAAAAAAAAUUGUAUUUGUCAUAUUGCUUGUCUCUUAAGGAUAUAAUUGUGGAUCUGUGUUUCUUAUCUAAUUUUCAUUAUGCUCUUUAUCUGAUUUCUGGAGCAACUUUGGAUGUGAUUUUUGGAGAAAAUCCAAAACGUUGUUGUAUGUGCAAAAACAUCCUGUACAAAGCUUCUGCUAUUAUAAAAAAUUAUAUUUUGUAAUACGAUGCAAAUAUAUAUUAUGAAUAAUCCAUAAACAGGGUUGGGGAGUAACGGAAUACAAAAUAUAAGUAACUGUAUUCCACUACAGUUACAAUUUAAAUAAUUGGUAAUUAGAAUAGAGUUACAUUCCAAAUGUACUUUGAUUACUGAAGAGAUUACUUUGCAUUUUAUUGUCAUUUGUUUCAUUUAAUAUUUAGUCCUUAAAGAUGGAAAACAUUUAUACAUAUAAAUGAUUCGAUCCAAUGUGCAUUUGAACAGUGGUGAAACACUUUCUUUCUAGCAAGACCUUUGAUAUUAGGGCAAAAAUCAUAUUCUUGAUAAAAAUAAAAAUAUGAUUUUGUAUUGUUUUCCUGUAAUAAUAUCUAAAAAUCUUUAAAACAAGAUCAAUUUGAUUUAUCUUGUUUUAGAAACAACACUGCAUAAGAUAUUUAGAUUUUUCAGAGAAUGUUUUUUUAACAUGUGUAUUUUGUCUUACUGUACUGACAGAGUUUUUAUUGUCAAAACAAGUGAAACAAAUCUACCAGUGCUGAAGAAGUAAUCCAAAGUAUUUUGAAUACGUUACUGACCUUAAGUAAUCUAACAGAAUAUGUUACAAAUUACAAUUUACAGCAUGUAUUCUGUAAUCUGUAGUGGAACACAUUUCAAAAUAGUAACCCUCCCAACCCUGUCCAUAAAUGCGAACAUCAUAAAACCGCUUUACUAAAUCUAUGUAUUAUUUGUAACAUGGAGGAUGAAAAUUUUUCAUAAUUGGCCGGUCUUAGGCCUUUGAAAACCAAACAGAAUUUAUAUUAUUAAUAAUAAAUAUUGUGGCAUCUUUGCCUUUGUGUCACCUUUUUUAAUAAACAACUUUAUGGAUCUUGUUUUUCCCCCAAAAAUAUUAUUAAUAUUAAUACUAAUGUUGUGAAUUGCAGUGCACUAUUUUUACAAACAUCUUCUUCAAUACACAGUAGUGCUCAGCUUACUUGCUAUGUAAUGUUAUUGUUUGUGUAAGGUUUUACUAUUCAACUGUGGGCCGGCUUUUACCUAAAACUGUGUAACAAAAUGGUUACUUUCAAGAGUCAAGCUGUAAUGUUACGGCCGCUAUCCUUGGUAGUCCAAGGCUAACUUGCUCACAAACUGUGAGUACGCAUCUGUUCUCCUUUCAUAGCUCUGAUGUAAGUUUGGCUACACCCAUUCCAGCAAAUGAUGACUAACUUAGAUGCACUACGUGUCU